UCUGUGACACAGCUACGUACCUGUACUUGUUUUUUUUGUUAACAAAAUGUGCAGUCCGCACUCCGACCUGCGAAAGGCAGCAAUAAGCAACAUAGGGUCUAGUGUUAUGGAAAUUGACACAAAGAAGAAGAAAAGCCAAAAUGGUUGUAAAGUUGAUUGAGGCUGGACAGGCUGGAGUUGGUUAGCGUGAUAAGCAGUUCACCUGGGCUAUUUUAAACCAAAAAACAACAAUACAGCAAAAACGGAACUGUUCGCUUGUCUCUGAAGAAUCGUUUAGAUGGUGUGGUGAUGGCAGAGCGUCGUGUGGAGUGCUCAUGGAAGAGGCACGUCGCAGAGCAGCUGAAGCAGAGGGACCGUGUGCAGCGGCAGGCCUUCGAGGAGAUCAUCCACCAAUAUAACCGUCUCCUGGAGAAGUCCGAUCUACAGGCUGUUCUUUCAGAGAGAUACCAGUUGGACAAAUAUGACUUUCAGAACAGACAUGAUGGCAGCCCGGGGGUGGACUCAAGUCGCAGCGACACCCUACAGCAGGAGAUGGCCCAGAUGCGAAUCAGGCACCAGGAGGAGCUGACCGAGCUUCAUAAGAAACGGGGCGAGCUGGCCCAGAGUGUUAUUGAGCUCAACCACCAGAUUCAGCAGAAGGACAAGGAGAUUCAGAGCAAUGAAGCCAAGAUGCAGGAAUACCAGCGGCAGAUCGCCGAGCUGGAGGGUGAGUGCCGGGACCUGCGUGGCCAGCUACAGGACCUGGAGCAGGCCAACCAGACGCUGAAGGACGAGUACGACGCCCUUCAAAUCACCUUCGGUGCUCUGGAGGAGAAGCUGCGGCGCACCACCGAUGACAACCAGGAGCUGGUGUCUCGCUGGAUGGCCGAGAAAUCCCAAGAGGCCAACAAACUCAAUGCAGAAAACGAGAAAGACUGCAAGCGCAGACAAGCCAAGCUUCAGAAAGAGCUCGCAGAUGCUGCGAAGGAGCCCCUGCCCAUGGACCCCGACGACGACAUCGAGGUUCUAGCUGAGGAUUCUGGGAAGGGCACUGGAGAGGACUCUCCCAACCGGCCGCUCAGCCGCACCCCAAGUAAACGUAUCUCCGGACAGCCUCCUCAAAGCGGCCUGUUGGACUCAAUCUCCAACAUAUUUGGCGUGUCUGAGUCUGUGCAGUCUGGACUCCUCCCUCCAGACUCCAGACGUCGUCCUGGGAACUGGCACGGAACGUCACCUGAAAACACAGAGACCCCCUCCGGAGUGUGUGCCGAUGUCCGUGUUCCCUCCACGGCCCUCCACGUAUUUGAAGCCCAUGACGGGGAGGUGAAUGCGGUGCGGUUCAGCCCAGGCUCCCGACUCCUGGCCACCGGAGGGAUGGACCGCAGGGUCAAACUGUGGGAGGUGGUCUCAGGUCGCUGUGAGCCGAAGGGUGCUCUGACUGGCAGCAACGCCGGGAUCACCAGUAUAGAGUUUGACAGUGCUGGCUCCUACUUGUUGGCUGCGUCCAAUGACUUUGCCAGUAGAAUCUGGACUGUGGAUGACUACAGACUGAGGCACACGCUGACAGGCCACAGUGGGAAGGUGCUGGCGGCUCGCUUUCUCCUGGACAACGCUCGCAUUGUCUCAGGGAGCUACGACAGGACUCUGAAACUAUGGGACCUGCGCAGCAAAGUCUGCAUGAAGACUGUGUUUGCUGGAUCCAGCUGUAAUGACAUAGUCUGCACAGAGCAGUGUGUCAUGAGCGGCCAUUUUGAUAAGAAAGUGCGGUUCUGGGACAUCAGAGCGGAGAGUAUAGUCUGCGAGCUGGAGCUUCUGGGCCGAGUCACAUCUCUUGACCUGAACCACGACCGCACCGAACUGCUCACCUGCUCCCGGGACGACCUGGUUAAGAUCAUCGACCUGCGCAGCAACGCGGUCCGCCAGACCUUCAGUGCUCAGGGCUUCAAGUGUGGCGCUGACUGGACCCGAGUCACCUUCAGUCCCGAUGGCAGUUACGUGGCGGGGGGCUCUGCAGACGGAGCUCUGUAUGUGUGGAAUGUCCUGACGGGCAAGUUGGAGCGCACCCUGGACAAGAACCACUGCUCGGCCAUCAACUCGGUGUCCUGGUCGCCGUCGGGAGCCUACGUGGUCAGUGUGGAGAAGGGCAGCAAGGCCGUGCUCUGGUCCGACAUGUGAUUGGCUAUGCUCUGCUCUGGCCCUCUGCCAUUGGGUGGCUGGCUGUCUGUCUGGAUUGUUCAAUGGAGGCACAGACUGGACAGGGGUUUCCCUAGCCCUACCCUCUAAUGUCCAACCGCCCAUUACUUUGCCUCACUGGCAUUGGAACAUUCUGUGCUCACAUGCGUGGGGGGGGUGGUUUUCUUGCCUAUAGGAAGGUCAUCCGGUGGCCCAUGGGUGGCAGCAGAGAGCUAGUUGGUGUCCAGUUGAAAGUGUCAGUGAAAAGAGCCAUGAAGGCAGUUUUCUCUUGAAGUAGAAGCUAUCAUAUAUCCAUUUGAAAUUAUAUCCAACAGAGGCAAGGCGAGUGAGUUAGACUGUUGUUGCCAAAUUGCCACUAUAAACAGAGCUGGAUUGUCUCUUUUUACAGCUGCAAUCGGACACAUCGUUAGUUUUACAUGACCUUGGGGUGGGCAGAGGCUUUUAAUGUUGAAGUCUGUCUGUUUCUCCUGGGCCUAGUUUUUCAAAAGUUAUCGGAUUUUGGCAAUCGGAUAGAAUUAAAUGCAUAGAAAUAUAAUUAAUAGAACAUUAAUUGACUUGAAUUCAUUGACGUUUAAUCCUAUCCAAUUGCCGAAAUCCGAUCAGAUAACCUUGAAAAACUGUGCCCAGGUUUCAAUUUUAAAUCAGAUUCCUGUUUUUGGCCUUAAAAGAAAAGAAUGCAUUGCAACAAUAACAGAGAGCACUGAUAUUGUGCAGUUCCCUGUCUUUCUGGCUGUGUCCGAAAUGGCACACAGUGGGUGGUUGGAUGUUGGUUGUCUCAAACUGGCUGGGAGCAUUGAGGUUGUCAAGGGUCAAGUUAAUACUGUAAUUCAGUGCUCUUCAAACCUUGUCCUGGCUACCCACAGGGUCUGUUAUGUGGUUGUUAUAGCUCUGCACUAACACACCACAUCAACCGCUUAAGUAGUUGUAUUGGGCUGGAACAAAAGCCUACACGCCUUGUGGGUCCACCGGACCAGGUUUGAAUAACACUGCUGUAAGGAGUGUGAAGACGUGUUGUUGUGGACAAGACUACGCACAAUUCUCCAUAACAAACUCAUCAUGUGCCAAUCACAAUGAAACAUGCCCUCCAUGUAACAGUUAAACAGGGAAUGCUCUGUUUGUGAUGACAAUUCUCUAGACAGUGGAGUGAACCCACACACUUGGCACAAAUCUGCUUGAUCCUAUUUAUUCAGGUGUUCAGUGUUAUGUCCCAUCAGUCACUGUCAGCAUCAAAAGAAUGCAACGUUUUGGUCAUUUAGGUCUACAGCGUGUGCUGGUCUUCUUGAAACUCUGUACUUGAUCAAUCAACUACUAGACCCAUUUAUUGGUCAGCUCACCUCGAUUCCAGGGGAAGUUGUAUCCUGGAGGGAUGCAUCGUUCAGGAAGUUGCAAGAAACUAUUUGUUUAGAGCUGACAUGAUUCCCCACUAUAUAAAAGCAGUUACAGUAUGUUCCAAUCUACAUCAUGUAUUUGUAUGGGAACUUUUAUGUAGACCUAAAGCUGCCCCAAUCUUCAAAAGACGCUAAACAGUCACUGUAGUCCCCCAGACACUAGGGAUGAGCUCCAUUCCUUAACACCUACAUGUUGUUUUUGUUCCAGUCUUUUUCAUUUCAAUGGACUCGUUGACACACAUGACAUAUGUGUCAGCUUUACAUGAUGCUGUUCUAAAUAUCAAUGACUUGUAUUUAUCUUUUGCCACAUGGGCAGGGAACCCCAUUCCCUUCAAUAUGUCAGUGAGCCAUGUUCUACAUAUUUAUAUCUGAACGUUCCACAACGUUGAGUCCUGAGGGGUAUACUACAAAGCAAGAUCAAUGCUUUAGCCAGCUAACUUGCCUAAAUAUUCUGAAAAAACGUAUUUUUUUAGAAAGAUAAGCUUGAAAAAGGCAUGGUAUGAUUGAAAAAAUGCAUAUCUUAGUUUAGCUUUCCUAAUGAACCAGAAAAUCUGUAGUUAUUUCUGUUUAUCAAAGUUAGCUGGCUAACUCAUUGAUCCUGCUUUGUAGUAUACACUUCUCCUGAAAUCACCCAAAUUUGCACUUUGUUAGUCAUGUUUUCGCCUCUGACGACAGCGGGUGCAAACGCUCAGUAAAUGUUGCCCAGAAAAGCGUAUUUCACUUAGUGACCAUUCCAUUUUUUAUAUCUGACUCACCUCAACUACACUGAACAAAAAUAUAAACGCAACAUGUCAAGUGUUGGUCCCAUGUUUCAUGAGCUGAAAUAAAAUAUC